GCUGCGGGACCGUGGGCAGCUCUCCCAGUUCUGGAAGGCCCACAGGCUGGACAUGGUGCAGUACACACAGGACUGCUCUCUCUUCGGGGAAGCCAACGAGCCCCUCAUCAACUACCUGGAUAUGGAGUACUUUGGGCAGAUUUCCAUCGGGACCCCACCGCAGAACUUCACGGUGAUAUUCGACACGGGUUCCUCCAACCUCUGGGUGCCAUCCAUCUACUGCACCAGCAAAGCCUGCACCAAUCACGCCCGCUUCCAGCCGUCACGCUCCAGCACCUACCAGCCCUUGGGUCUCCCCAUCUCCCUCCAGUAUGGGACCGGCAGCCUGACUGGCAUCAUCGGCUCUGAUGAUGUCACCGUGGAAGGCAUGACUGUGUGCAACCAGCCCUUUGCAGAGAGCGUCAGCGAGCCGGGAAAAACCUUCCAGGAUUCAGAAUUUGAUGGGAUCCUGGGGCUGGCGUACCCCUCGCUGGCCGUGGAUGGGGUCACCCCUGUCUUUGACAACAUGAUGGCCCAAGAUCUGGUGGAACUGCCCAUCUUCUCCGUCUAUAUGAGCUCGAACCCGGACUCCUCCUUGGGUGGAGAAGUGCUCUUUGGGGGCUUUGAUCCCUCCCGCUUCCUGGGCACCCUGCACUGGGUGCCGGUCACAGUGCAGGGCUACUGGCAGAUCCAGCUGGACAAUGUGCAGGUAGGGGGGACGGUGGCUUUCUGUGCCAAUGGCUGCCAGGCCAUCGUGGACACCGGCACGUCUCUGCUCACUGGUCCCACCAAGGACAUAAAGGAGAUGCAAAGAUAUAUUGGUGCCACACCUAUGGAUGGUGAGUACGUCGUGGACUGCAGCCUCCUGAACUCGAUGCCCAUCAUCACCUUCACCAUCAACGGGAUCUCCUACACACUCUCUGCCCAAGCCUACACCCUCAUGGAGCAAAGUGACGGCAUGGACAUCUGCCUCAGCGGCUUCCAGGGUAUGGACGUCCCCCCUCCUGCCGGACCCCUCUGGAUUUUGGGUGACGUUUUCAUCCGACAGUAUUAUUCUGUCUUCGACCGUGGAAAUAACCGGGUGGGCUUCGCACCCGCUGCCCCUUAGGGCUGUGAGUCCUAUGGGGUGGGAGGGAAGUGGAGCCGCCGGGUUGCGGCCAUGGCCACGAGUGGGGCAGGAGCUGCUCAGCGCCAUGGGGAUGGA